CAUUACCCUUCAUUCGACAUUCUGUCAGUCACCAAGGGCAGUCUCUCUCCUUCAAUCUCUCUUUGCCUAGCUCCUAGAACACUAUCGAUGAUGGCCUCGCUAUAUGGGCUCAAUAGCGGAUGUCAACCUUUCGCCACAUGAUGCGCACGAAAGCACGGUCGAGUCACUUCCAGUCGGUCAAGUCGACGAUGGAUGGGCCACAUACAGACGACAUGGCGCCGUCAGGCGGGAGAGUGCUUGCUUGGGCUCGUCUCGUAGGCAUGCAUAACAUCUUGAACGAUAUCAACGAACUGGUUCCCGAUAGCACUCAGACCCUCAGCGGCGCCCCUCAUGGCCAUCAAUUGUAUGGCCGCCGAGCCGCACAUGGCUGUGGCCUGCAUGGAACGCUUACUUGACCACGCCCGUGACAAUUCGUACGCGCAAGCUUGCUUACCACGACUGAGGCUUUUGUGCUCACCGUGGAUGGCAGGGUCGACGCAAGUCUCGACUACUCGGUUGUCUAAAACAUUGCGAUGCUCCAGGUUAUA